GUAUUUUAAAAUUAGUACUUGAGCAGCUUUGCGAUCGAACAAAACGCUUAACGGACUGCAAUUUCGCGCCGCCUGCGCCUCGCAGGCCAGAUAAAUAAUAAACAAAUUAGCAAUUUGGGUGAACUCCUCCUCCACGCGAUUGGAUGAGCCAGUGAUCCGGAAUCAUUCGAUCAUCGCCACAGGAUGAGUCCCAAGCUGCAUGAGUUCGCGGUGGUGUUGCUGCGUGAUGGCCAGGCCACGCCCUGGGGCAUCCGCCUGGUGGGCGGCAACGAUCUGGAUACGCCGCUGAUAAUUACCAGGGUGCAAGUGGGCAGCCCAUCGCACGGGGAGCUGCUCCGAGGCGAUAUCAUCGCCAAGAUCGGCGAGUACGACGCACGCGACCUGAGUCAUGCGGAUGCACAGCAGCUGUUCCGCGGUGCUGGCAACGAGAUCCGCCUGGUGGUGCACAGGGACAACAAAAUCGCCUACACGCAGGGAGCCACUCAAGAGGCAGGAUCUGGACCACGCAGCAACUCCACUUUGCCGCCGGCUAGUCCGGAGAUGUUGCCCCACCGUGGUCCAUCCCCCUUUUUGCCCGGACCCAGCCACUUUGAGAGGGCUUUGCACAUGCCAGUGGACACUCUGCCGCAGACUGUGUUUCCCCAGCUGAACUCCUCUGGCGGAUAUGAAGUGCCAUCCACUGUGUUCUCUCCAAAACCAACACGGGAUCAUCAACAGGAUGUCGACGAGGAGCAGGCUGCCAUUGUGAACCAGCCCUACCGGACAACUCCGCUGGUCCUGCCCGGCGCCAAAGUGAAGAAGGAUGCGCCCACGACAGAGUCCUACUUGAGGCACUAUCCCAACCCGGCUGUGCGCGCCCACCCAGGACACGACUACCAUGACAGUAUCAUGAAGCAGCGCGUGGCCGACACCAUGCUGCACAAGGUGGUCGGUUCGGAGGCCGACACUGGCCGCGUCUUCCACAAGCAGUUCAACUCGCCCAUCGGCCUGUACUCCAACAACAACAUCGAGGACACCAUCAGAUCAACAGUUCCAAUUUUCAUCGAUCUAUCUUUCCUGGAACAAAAACGUGUAAUUCUGGAGCAACAAAAGCAAAAAGACCAACUUGCAUGAGCAACAACGUCAACAGCGCCAGCAACAACUGCAACUACUGUAUCAACAAAACAAAUGAUCAAAGAAAUAGUAGCCAAAAACUCCUCCCAAUUCUACUAGACAAAGAGCCAACCUCCCCUUUUUCAAGAAAGUCCCUGCUGAAAGUCCCUUACCUUCCUUUUUUUGCCACCCAAAACCCAAAAGACUAAUCCAAAACUAAAAGACGUUUGCUGAAUUAUAUUUACGAAAUGUUUGAAAGACAGCAUUGAAAGUUCCUAUUCAUGAGAACACCCCGCAACCCAUCCAGUAUUAACCAUGCAAAACUAACUAACCACCUUAAACCCAACCGAUCUCCAGGCUUCAACUCAUCAAAUAAUAUUAGAAACCGUAUAAUCUCGCACCUUGUUAUGCAGUUCUGUUCGAUUACUCUUAAUAACUAGCUCGUAAGGAAUUUGUUAAUGAGUUUCCUAUUAAUCGCAAUCCGUUUGAGGAGUAUGCUGUGCAGUUUCAAGACAACGAAGCACACCACUAUUGCCCACCAACAACAGCAACAACAAACUACAACUACAACAAAACAAAAUAAUUCUAACGUAUUUUGUGCACAUCCUGUUUUCUCUUUCUAUUCUCUCACUACUCUGUCUCACGCUACUCAACCGAUGUAAAAAAUCAAAAAAACAAAAAAAAAAAACCAAAAAACAAACCAAUAUAUUUUUUAUGAAUCUCAAUUAACCAACAACAAUAAAACGAUUUAAAAAUACAACUUUUGAAAACUUGCAUAACAAAAUAAACCAACGAAUAAUUGACCAAAAUAACGGCGCUUUCAACGAUCUCAAUGCAAAUCCCCCGAAUCUGAAUUACGAAUCACUGACCACUGCCAUC